AUGGGGCCCGUCUACCUGCUGCAGCUUUUCCUGAAAGCUGACCUCCUGCGUCCCGGGAGCAGGAAACUCAGCUGCUUGGCGGCGGGAGAGGAACUGUACGCAGACUUGGGCAGGAACGGAGAGAUCUUCCACGACGGCCUGGUGUUCACCACCCCGCUCUCUUUCUCUCUAUACGCCAGGCGUGGACAGAACCAGCCACCGCACAGGGGCGACGACGGCUUGGGCUCAGUCAAGUACGAGGGCAAGACCCUGCUGGAGCUGCGCCAGUCGAGCGGUCUGGCCGGCACUCCCCGGGGCUAUGGACAGACUUGCCGCCAAUCCUGGGCGAAAUCUCGGUCGAACGGCCGCAACGCGAAGAGGCCGCGGAGCGCAGAGCGCGCAGAGGGCUCCGGUCCCCGCGUCAAAGUUGCCCGUGCGGCAGGGAGGGGUGGCGCGAUCGGCGGGAGCGCUGCAGGCCGCGGGAGCCGCUCCCUCUUGUUGUCCACCACGAGCAGCGAUGAUGAUCCCGUCGUGUCCCAUGGCGCUGGGGGUGAGGAGAGGGAGACCUGGGCCAUGUGCGACCGAUGCAACCGGUGGCGAAGACUGCAGUCUGCCACCCCGGAUAGCCCCUGGUAUUGCUCCAUGAAUCCAGACGCGAGGUUCGCCUCCUGCGACGUGCCGCAAGAGCUGUCGGACGAGGCAAUUGACCAGUCUCUUGCGGACGCGCCGCUGCGCCACUACGCCGCAAGCAGCAAGAGGCUCCCUCUCAGCGCCUGCAACAGCAAGCAGUUCGAGACGGAUCUGUGCCGCUUCUUGAGAGCCUGUGGAGAGGAGAGCAAGGCACGCCAAAUACGGCAGAAAAGAAUUCAAUGCAACAACAGGCCACUGGACAUAUGUGGCCUGUACCGAGAGGUUAUGCGUGUUGGUGGCUUCAUAGCAAACCAGGAGUACGAUGGCUAUGGUCGCUGGAUCGGUGGCAUCAACUUUGCCGGCCAUAUCUUCCCCAAAAUGAAGAACUACACCAAAGGCAACCGAGCCACUUCUGUUGGCAACCAACUUCUAAAUAACUACCGCAAAUUUUUGUUUGACUAUGAGAGAGCAUGGCGACACAUUGAUAUCAAAGAAAUGAAUCCAGAGCAGAAGACGUUGGUCAAGUGUGCUUUGAGCAGCGCUGCAAACCCUGUGGAGCAAGGGGAAUUGAGGGAAAGGCAGGUGACAGGCCAAAACCAGGCAGCAGGAGAUGAUUCAUGCACUGGUCCAGGCCCAGAUGCAACUGUGCAUGGUGUUGGCAACGGGUCCAGUGUCAAAACACCUAAUUCAGCAAGUGGAACUGGAGUAAAUGGGUCUGCGCAUGUGUCUCAGGGCAGUGGCAACAGAUCCAUCAGUUGA